AUGUCGAAGGUAGUACGCAGCGUCAAAAACGUUACAAAGGGCUAUUCAUCAGUCCAGGUGAAGGUCCGAAAUGCAACCAGCAAUGAUCCAUGGGGCCCGACGGGUACCGACAUGUCCGAGAUCGCCGCCAUGACCUUUGGGAGCCCGAACGAGUUCUACGAGAUUAUGGACAUGAUCGACAAGCGUCUCAAUGACAAAGGCAAGAACUGGCGACACGUACUCAAAUCGUUGAAGGUCUUGGAUUAUUGUCUGCACGAAGGCUCGGAGUUGGUGGUUACCUGGGCGCGCAAGAAUGUGUACAUCAUCAAGACACUGCGCGAGUUCCAAUACGUUGACGAGGAGGGACGCGACGUGGGUCAGAACGUUCGUGUCGCGGCAAAGGAACUGACUGCGUUGGUUCUGGAUGAAGACCGACUCCGUAGCGAACGAUCCGAUCGCAAGCUUUGGAAGACCCGGGAGGAAGCGGAGGGGGGAUUUGGUAACGAGCCGCCGCGCCGGGAGCGACGGAAACGUAACCCCGAUGAUGAGGACGAUACCGAAUACCGACUUGCAAUCGAGGCCAGCAAGGCGGAAGCCGAGGAGGAACGGAGGCGACGCGCCAAGGAAGCUGGUAUUGACAAUGAUGAAGACCUCGCCAAGGCCAUCAAGCUCAGCCAAGAAGAAGAGGAAUUGCGGAAGCGCGAGUUGGAGGACAAUAAUGCCCACGCGCUCUUUGACGACACUCCCACUCAGGUGCAGCCAACUGGCUUCAAUCAAGGCUAUCAGCAGCAGAGUGCCGUGGACUGGUUCGGCAACCCCAUCAACGCUCAGCAGCCUAUGACGACCGGUUUCCUCAACAAUCAAUAUGCGCAGCCGACUGGAUUCCAGAAUCAGCCUACAGGCAUGAACCCCUACGGCAAUGGUUACCAACAGCCCACCGGCUUCGAUCAGAACCAGUAUGGACAACCCCAGAACAACUUUUUGCAACCCCAGGCGGCCCUGCAGCCGCAGCAUACGGCAUUCAACACCAACAAUCCUUAUGGUGGACCGGGAGAUAUGUUCGCGCAACAGCAGCAGCAGCAGCCACAACAGCCUCAGGAGAACUACCAGUCGGCCGGCAGCAACAACCCUUGGUCUUCUAAUCAACCAACUGACACCCUCAAGCCUAUGGCCACGGGCUCCAACAAUCCUUUUGCCAUGCGUACACAACAACCUCAGCAAUCCCAGUUCAACAAGCCGCAACAGGCUGGACCUCCAUCUCUCAAUACCCUGGCGGAAGAUCGGGCAACAAACCAGUACAACCAGUACGGCCAAUUCAAUCAAACAAGCAGUCCGCUUAUGCAACAGCCCACCCAAUCCAACCCUAUCGCCAACUUCCAAGCCCCGCAGCCUCCAAAGAGCACCCCACCCCAGUCAUCAGACCCUCAUCACGCUCGUUUGAACGCUCUCCUCUCAACCGGCGAGGGCCAGGACACCUUUGGCAACGUUGGAGAACUCCGUAUUCCGGCACAGCAUACAGCACCUGGCACAUUUGUCAAUUCUGCCGGUCAAGGUCUGGACCGCCUGCACGCGAACCAAACCGGCACCAACCCUUUCUUUGGGCAGCAGUUUACCGGCAUGCCUCAGCAGACAGGCUAUAUGGCGCAGCAGCCUAACAGCAACCCGUGGGGUGCUCCCCAGCCGCAGCGGCAACAACAGCAGCAGCAGCAUGGCGGCAGCUUGAUCGACCUGUAA